CAAUAUUCUUGGAUUUUAUAAUUUAAUUGGAGAGUAGGAAAAGAGAGAUGAGGGUUCACCGCUUUGGGAAGACAAGGGGCGUUGGGUGAGAAUGGAAUUGCCCAUGCCCCAUGCCCCAUGUCCCAUGCAUCAACAACACCUGUUCACCAACGUGUCUGUCACACAGAAGCGCGGGGAGGGAAACAAACCCCCCACUCACUCUAACCGCAAGGGAGUUGAUUUUAAACCCAACCAGGGUUAGCCAGGCAGUUUAUAAAGCAUGCCGGAAUGGAAUCCAAAACCAAAUCCAAAACCAAAUAAAACCAAAACACCAUGAUGCUUGGGGAGACCCACCGCGCAAAUCCAACCGUACACGUGCCACCGUGGCCGCUCCUCCACGAAUCCACGCCGGAGAUCUUUUCGCCCUACACUUUCCAAGAAGCGCUCAACGCGCUUCAGCACUACGACUCCACGGAUGCUGAGUCAGACUCCGACCUUCCAACCAGGGAACCGGAAGUCCCGGUGGACGCAUACUCAUGCGAUCAUUUCCGCAUGUUCGAGUUUAAGGUUCGGAGAUGCGCGCGUGGCAGGUCGCACGACUGGACCGAGUGCCCCUACGCGCACCCCGGCGAGAAGGCGCGCCGCCGCGACCCCCGCAAGUACCACUACUCCGGCGCCGCCUGUCCCGAUUUCCGAAAAGGGAGUUGCAAGAAGGGCGACGGCUGCGAGUACGCGCACGGGGUCUUCGAGUGCUGGCUCCACCCCGCCCGCUACCGGACUCAGCCCUGCAAGGACGGCACCUGUUGCCGCCGCCGCGUCUGCUUCUUCGCCCACACGCCCGAGCAGCUUCGGGUUCUGCCCCAGCAGAGCCCCCGCAGCGGCGACUCCUACGACGGGUCCCCUCUGCGACACGCGAUGGAGUCCUCCUCCAAGGCGCUUCCUUUUCUGGAGUCCCCGCCCGUGGAGGCGAGCUCUCCGCCGAUGUCGCCGUGUGUGAACGAGAUGGUGGCCUCGCUGAGGAACCUGCAACUGGGAAAGGUGAAGUCUUUGCCUUCGUCUUGGAAUGUUAUGGGGUCUCCCAGUCCCAGAGGAGGCGGUUUUUUUAGCUUGCCUUCGACGCCGACGCAGGUUCCUGUCCGCGGCGGGGUGAACUUCUUUGAGGUUUGGGAUCAGAGUUGCUCCGAGGAGCCCGUCAUGGAGAGGGUGGAGUCUGGAAGAAGCUUAAGGGCCAGGAUGUUUGAAAAAUUGAGCAAAGAGAAUUCCCUUGAUGCCUCACCUUCACCCGAUCUUGCCUGGGUUUCCGAGCUUGUCAGUCGUUGAUUUGCUUUUUCUUAUGCCAUUUUCUGACUCUCUUAAUCGAAUGCGGCGUGAUGAAGGUGAUCACUUUUCUUUUGGAACAAGGACCCUCGUGUUUCUGUGAAUAGCUUAUUCUCAAGCUUUAUGGGUGGAAGCCAGAGACUAGAAUCGUUUUUCUUUUUGUUGGUUCAUUUGCAAGAAUCAAAAACCUCAACUUUUGUAUAGCUAGCUGCGGAUGAUGAAUUAUAUUAUAUUAUUUCCACGUGUUAACUACUCUGUUUAUUAUCACUAAUCUCAUACCAUUCAUGUAUAAAUUUUUAAACAUUGCAAACUUCUCUCCUUUAAAUCUUUACGUAGGGUCCUAUAUAUAAUGGAAACUUGGACGAGAGGAAAAUGAAAGCAAAACCGGAAGUGGAAGUAAUUAAAUUGGUAACGGAGCCAGAAUCGAGAUGAAUAGGAGGGACGUGGAAAUGAGAGAGGUUUGGUUUGGGCGAUUGAACAAGCGAGUUAUAGAAUGGAAGGGCUACACUCUAGAGACUACAGGGGUUGAACGAGUCAUAGAAUUUGGCAGUGUGUGGGUUUGAUUAAUUUUAUCUUCAGUGACGAGAUCUACUUUGAAAGGGAUGGGAUAGAUUGGAAACCUUGUGCUUUGGGCUCCUUUGUGUUGCUUGCGUGCUUAGGGUGGCAACCACGGAGCAAACUACCAUUCUUCAAUUCAUAUCAACAAUUGACAUGAACGGCUGAUGCAAACAUUUGCCCUUAUAAGCUACUUCCGGAUACAUGGUCCCCCCUUGUUGGUACAUGAACUGUAACCUCCUUUUAAGGACAUCAACAUUUUUAUCAAUAUCAACUUGUAAAAAUUAAGUUAAUGAGAUUUCUAUUUCUUUUUCCGCA